AUGGUUAAAGGACUUUCUCACCUUUGUAACAUUGAAGUUUGUGAGUUCAAUUCUAUGAAGGAGAUUGUGUUUAGAGACAACAAUUCAAGUGCUAAUAAUGAUAUCGCUGGUGAAAAAAUCGAGUUUCUUCAAUUGCGUUCUUUGACUUUAGAACAAUUGGAGACACUUGAUAAUUUCGCCUCUGAUUAUUUGACACAUCAUAGAAGUAAGGAAAAGUAUCAAGGUCUAGAGCCUUAUGCUUAUACUACACCAUUUUUUAAUAAUGCUCAGGUUGCAUUUCCUAAUUUGGAUGCCCUUAAAUUGAGCUCACUUCUCAAUUUGAAUCAAAUUUGGGAUGAGAAUCAUCAAUCAAUGUGCAACUUGACUAGCUUGAUUGUGGAUAAUUGUGUUGGAUUGAAGUAUUUAUUCUCCUCUUCUUUGGUUGAAAGUUUUAUGAACCUCAAACACCUUGAGAUAAGUAAUUGUCCAAUGAUGGAGGAGAUAAUAGCUAAAGAAGAUAGAAAUAAUGCAGUAAAAGAGGUUCAUUUUUUGAAAUUAGAGAAAAUCAUACUCAAGGAUAUGUACAACUUGAAGUCAAUAUGGCACCACCAAUUUGAAAAAUUGAAGAUGUUGGAAGUGAACAAUUGUACGAAAAUUGUGGUGGUUUUUCCUUCUUCAGUGCAAAACACGUAUAAUGAGCUUGAGAAGUUGGAGGUUAGAAAUUGUGAUUUAGUUGAAGAGAUAUUUGAAUUGACUUUCAAUGAAAAUAACAGUGAAGAGGUUAUGACACAAUUGAAAGAGGUUACUCUAGAUGUACUGUUCAAGUUGAAAAAGAUAUGGAGUGAAGAUCCUCAAGGAAUUCUUAGUUUUCAAAAUCUAAUAAAUGUACAAUUGGAAUAUUGUGCAAACUUGGAGUAUCUAUUACCACUCUCUCUAGCCACUCGUUGCUCACAUCUCAAGGAAGUUAGUAUAAAAUAUUGUUCGAACAUGAAGGUAAUUGUUGGAGAGGAGAAAGAAUCUAGCAUGAAUGAAGAUCCCAUAUUUGAGUUUAAUCAAUUAAGUACUUUAUUACUUUGGAACUUAUAUGAACUCAAUGGUUUCUAUGCUGGAAAUCAUAUUCUAGAAUGUCCAUCUUUGAGAGAAAUUAGUGUUUCCGGCCGUACAAAGUUGAAAUUGUUCAGAACACUAUCCAAUUUUCAUGAUGACAAACACUCUGUUUCAACGGAGCAACCACUUUUCAUUGCUGAAGAGGUGAUUCCAAACUUGGAGGAGUUGAGGAUGGAACAGGCGGAUGCUGACAUGAUAUUGAAAGCUCAAAACCCAAGUUCCCUGUUUAGGAAAAUGACCAUUCUUGGUUUGUCUUGCUAUAACACGGAAGAGGCUACAUUUCCUUAUUGGUUUCUUGAAAAUGUGCAUACUCUUGAGUCAUUAAUUGUUGAGUGCAGUUGCUUCAAGAAGAUAUUUCAAGAUAAAGGAGAAACAACUGAGAAGACUCAUCCACAUAUUAAAAGACUGACAUUGAAUCAAUUACCUGAACUUCAACAUAUAUGCGAGGAAGGAUCCCAAAUUGACCCAGUUCUUGAGUUCCUUGAAUACUUAUAUGUUCUUACUUGUUCUAGUUUGACAAAUUUGAUGCCUUCCUCUGUCACACUUAAUCAUCUGACGCAGUUGGAGAUAAUAAAAUGCAAUGGGCUAAAAUAUUUGAUCACAACUCCAACUGCACGAAGUUUGGACAAGCUCACUGUGCUGAAGAUAAAAGAUUGUAAUUCACUUGAAGAAGUAGUUAAUGGAGUAGAAAAUGUUGACAUUGCUUUUAUUAGUUUACAAAUUUUGAUGUUGGAAUGUUUGCCAAGCCUCAUCAAGUUUUGCUCUAGUGAGUGUUUCAUGAAGUUUCCGUUGUUGGAGAAAGUAAUUGUGGGGGAAUGUCCUCGCAUGAAGAUUUUUUCUGCCAGAGACACAAGCACACCAAUUCUUCGAAAAGUUAAAAUUGCAGAAAAUGAUUCAGAAUGGUAUUGGAAAGGAAACUUAAACGAUACAAUAUACAACAUGUUUGAAGAUAAGGUGGGAUUUUGUAGUUUCGAGCAUUUAAAACUAUUUGAAUAUCCCGAGUUAAAAGAGUUCUGGUAUGGCCAACUUGAGCAUAACACAUUUAGGAGUUUGAAGCAUCUAGUGGUUCAUAAAUGUGAUUUUUUAUCCGAUGUGCUCUUUCAACCUAACUUGGUAGGAGUACUGAUGAGCUUGGAAGAAUUAGAUGUUGCAGAUUGUAAUUCAUUAGAAGCAGUUUUUGAUGAAUUCACAGAAGAAAUUGCUGUGCAGAAUUCUACUCAAUUGAAGAAAUUAGAACUAUUCAAUCUUCCAAAACUGAAGCAUGUAUGGAAAGAGGAUCCACAUUACACUAUGAGGUUUCAAAAUUUAAGUGAUGUAUCUGUUGUGGAAUGUGAAAGCUUGAUAAGCCUCUUUCCACUCUCAGUUGCUAGAGAUAUGAUGCAACUUCAAAGACUUCAUGUAAGUAACUGUGGGAUUGAAGAAAUUGUUGCAAAGGAAGAAGGAACAGAUGAGAUAGUUAAAUUUGUGUUUCCUCAUUGA